AUACUGACCUGUCACAGCUGCUUGACACACUGGAAAACUGCUGCACUGUUUUAGGAUUAUUAUACAUUUGAUAGCAUGUCUCUGUACCGAAAUGCCGUCUGGUUUCUGAACGGAAUUCAUCAGUAUACAAGGAAGGGAUAUGAAGCAGCAUCUAAAGACUUUGAGCCCCAGGAUCUGGAUGUGUCCGUUGUGGGAAGGUCUUUUAUGGUCACCGGGGCCAACAGUGGAAUUGGCAAAUCGACUGCCAUGGCUAUAGCCAAGAAAGGUGGGAGAGUCCACAUGGUCUGUAGGAACAAAGAUAAAGCUGAAGAGGCCAGGGCACAAAUUGUCAGCGAGUCGGGGAAUACAGAGGUGUACAUCCAUAUUGUGGACAUGUCAGAAACACGCAAAGUGUGGGAGUUUGCUGAGGCCUUCAAGAAGCAGUACCCAUCCUUAAAUGUGUUGAUAAACAAUGCAGGGUGUAUGGUGCACAAGAGAGAGAUGAACGAUGAGGGGCUUGAGAAGAACUUUUCCACUAAUACGAUGGGGGUAUACAUCCUCACUCAAACUCUCAUACCACUUCUACAGAAGAGCCGGGAUCCCAGGGUGAUCACUGUGUCCUCAGGAGGCAUGCUGGUCCAGAAACUCCGUGUUGACAACUUGCAGUCAGAGAAGGGCCGCUUUGAUGGUGUCAUGGUGUAUGCCCAGAACAAGAGACAGCAGGUGGUGCUGACACAAAUAUGGGCCAAAACCAACCCUGUUAUUCACUUCUCUGUGAUGCAUCCAGGCUGGGUAGAUACACCAGCUGUUUCUACAUCAAUGCCUCAGUUCCACCAGAUGAUGGGGGACAGGCUGCGCAGUGUGGAGCAAGGAGCUGACACUGUGGUGUGGUUGGCCUUGUCCAGAGCUGCUGCCUUAACACGCAGCGGGCAGUUCUUUCAAGAUCGAAGGCCAGUUCCUGCCCACCUCCCUCUGGCUUGGACUCACACUGCUCCUAAAGAGAUUCAGACCUUCAUGGCUAAACUGGAGAAUCUGUCAGAAGCUGUUCAGUCUCUGGGCCCUUACAAACCUCAGGUUGUCUAA